AUGGGUAAGGCAGCAUCGAGAUUCACUCAAGCAUUUGGUCUUGGCCGUAAUAAUCCUAAUACUACUCUAAAUGGAAAUGAUGAUAUACUUGCACCUAAAACUCCACAAUGGGAUACAUCUAUUGAUCAAUUAUUUGGUGAUGCACCACCUGAUGAUACUAUUAUUGAUCCAGCAACUAUUGUAGAUCCUCCAACAAGACCAAGACGACGAAGACCACCCCCACCACCACCACGACCGAAUCGUGGUGGCCGAAGACGACCAUUACCAUCAUCACCAGGAGCAAGACGAAGACAUAAUCGAGGAGGUGUUCAACCUAUGAGAACUCCAAUUGUACCAGAUAUGCCUAGAAGAAUUCCUAAAGGUGGAGUACAUGCCAUUAAUGCACCAUUUGGUGUCAAUAGACGACCUAUGGUUUUACCAGCACCAAUUAGUGAACGUGAAAAACCAGCUAGAAUUGCUUUUAGAAAUAGUUUCAAACGACGACCAUCAAUUCAUCGUGGGAGAACUACAUCACAACGUACUCAACGUUUACAAGAAUUACUUCAAUGUCCUGUUUGUCUUACACCAUAUACUGAACCACGUCUUCUUCCUUGUGGUCAUACUUAUUGUGAUGAAUGUCUCAAUCGAUUGAUAGAAAAUGACAAUGAUAUCGUACAGUGUCCUGAAUGUCGAAAACAACAUGUUGUCCCUGAGGAUGGUGUUUUUCCACCGAAUUUUGUUGUUCGUAAUCUUCUCGAAGAACAUGGUAUAUCAACAGGAUCAAGAGCAAUACCAUCAGGCAAUCUUUCCUUGAAUGGUACUGCUACGGCUAAAUGUACGACAUGUGAAACAUUUGCACCAUUACGUCUAUGUCGUCAUUGUAAUUUCAUGGUGUGUGACAGAUGUUUAAAAGCACAUCGACACGGUGAUCAAGAUGGCUUUCAUAAAAAAUCAAAAAUAUAUAGUGGUAAAUUAAUACAAUUUUACAUUGCUGUGCGUAAAAUAACUCGAAGUAAUUCUCAAGUAAAACGUUUAACAAUUGAAAUGCCAAUUGGUAAUUAUCUUCAAGAUACAUGUGAAACACUUAUACGACGUAUAGCUGAUCGAGAACAAUUACAUACAUCAGCAAAACAACUUGUACUCGAAUUCGGUGAUAAACGUUUAAGACAUCAACGAACAUUAGCGUCAUAUGGUGUACAAAAUGGUGAUCUUCUCUUUCUUUUCAAUCCUGAACAGCGACUUAAUUUUCUCGCUUAUGAAGAUGAAGAGAAUCUACCGGAAUCAUCAUCAUUAACGUCUAACAGACAACCUACUCGUUUAAGAUCAGAUAGUUAUAAUAGUAGUGCAAGUGAUAUUCGAACAACAACAUCAAAUGAUUUAAGUUACAAUCGUACACAACAUCCAUUAAGUCCAAUAUCCGAUCAUAAUAAUGAUAUUGAAUCAUUGUAUAGUGAUAAUUAA